UGUUAAGACUCUAAAGUCUUAACUGACUUUUGUCAAUAAAUGAGAGUGCGACUGCGAUCAGUCCAUGAACGUAGUGUUUAAAUUCUCUUUGAGUCAGUCAGAAAUCAGAAUGUUUGUUUUGUUUAAUUAUGACCGCGUUCGAUUUGUUUUUUUUCUAAGUAUGUGAUUGUAAAUUAUUGUUGACGUACGAACGUGUUUAAAUGUUAAUUAGUUAGUACCUUUUUAUGUUUAAAUUGAGCUGGACGUGUUUUGAAUUAUACCAAUAUACGAUUGUGGACUAUUUAAAAGAUGCCUGUGACGAUUAUAGACAGGUUGCCCUUGCCGAACCUCAAGGUUUAUUCGGCGGGAAGUGUUUUGCUUUUUUCGGUAGCCGUAUAUUAUUCAGUCAAUAUCACUAGUGACCCUAACUGGAGGGUGAAUGCAACACUGCAGCGGUUCGAGGUGGACUCUGAUGGAAAGAAGGAAAAUGCUGAAGCUGUCUCAGGGGUUUCGCCAGUAGCUUUCAAUGUGACGAGGAAUCUCACGGAGCAAGUUCUAGAAGUUAUGACAUUUAUGAUGCAUGAACCACUUUGCAUGUGGACGCUGAUCAACUCGGCGUACUGCGCGCUGGUCGCGGCGUACGCGGGCGUGUUGCGCGGCGUGUUCGGGCGGCUGCGCGCGCACGAGGCGCAGCGCGCGAAGGACAAGCUGUGGAACUACGUGUUUAACAAGUUCAUGUUCGUGUUCGGCGUGCUCAACGUGACCUUCCUGGACGAGGUGCUGCUGUGGCUGGCCUGGAGCUCGCUCGUGGCCGCGCUGAUGCUGCUCACGCAGCUGUGCAAGGACCGCGCGGAAUACGUUUGGUCGUCGGGCGGGGCGGGUGGCGGCGGACGGCUGCUGCUGCUGCUGCUCGCACUGCUGCUGCUGGACGCGGCGCUGCUGGGAGCGGCGCUGCGCUGGGGGCUGCCCGCCGGCGGACACACCUUCUGGUUCAUGGCGGCAGAGUGCUCGCUGGUGUGCGUGGGGUGCGCGCACGUGGCGGGCGGCUGGGCGGUGCGCGCGCGGGCUCCGGACCCGGCCGCGCCGCUGCACUACUACACGCACCUCGUGUUCGACGGCGCGGCGCUGCUGCUGGAGACGGCGCACGUGGCGCACAUGGUGGCGCACAGCAGCGCGCUGCUGUCCAUGUCGUCGCUGGUGCUGCUGCUGCAGCUGCGCCACCUGCUGCACUCGCUGCUGGCGCGCCUGCGCCGCCAUCGCGUGUACGCCGCGCUCGCCACCCACAUGAGUCGCAACUACCCCAUGGCCAGCCCCGAGGAGGUGAAGCACCACGAGGACAAGUGCGCCAUCUGCUGGGAGCCCAUGAAGGAGGCCAGGAAGUUGCCCUGCGCGCAUCUCUUCCACAACUCGUGCCUGUGUCGCUGGCUGCAGCAGGACGCCUCGUGCCCCAGCUGCCGCCGCCCGCUCUCGACCCGGCCCGCGCCGCACACCGCCGGCCCCAGCCAGCUCUUCCACUUCGACGGGUCGCGCUACGUGUCAUGGCUGCCCAGCUUCUCCGUGGAGGUGACGGCGGCCAGGUCGGCCCGGGCACGUGGCGGCUCGGAGCUGGACGGACGACUGCAGGCCGCAGGUACCGGGCUCACAUCUGACGCAUAUUUUGUUAUAUUUCCACGCCUUUUUGGACAUUUUGACUCGCACAUUCCUUGCAUCCGCCGGCUUCACGUUUCCAUUCAUUAUUUAUUUUAUAUUCGAAUUCUUCUUGCAAGUAGAACAUCGAAGUGCUUUUAUUUAUUCCAAACUAGGAAUCGAAUCGCGUUAAAAAGAUGAACAACACGAGCAUUUUGAUAUUUGAUAUGAAUAGGGGGUGGGGACAAUUUUGUUGACUCGGGGUAAAUGGAGCAGUAGACUCAAACCACCCCUCUAUGGAGAUAUUAGCUGUGAACUUUUGCAACAUCAGGGUUUAACCUGCUCUUUUUAACCGAGAUCCAAAUAUCCUCUCUGGCUGAUACGUUUUACAUCUCAUAUCCGGGGUAUAAUCUGAAACACUCCUUUAUCCCGCGGGCUGGCGUGUGCGUUUAUGUCGGGGAGGAUGUCUGUCCAAGACGCCUCAGUUUUCUUGAAAGACGGGACCUAUCCAUCUUCUGGCCGCGUGUAGACUGCGACGACCAUCCGCGAAUCUACGCUUGCCUGUAUAGGUCUCAUAGCGGUAAUGGAGAGACUGCCCAUCUUCUCGCGCACAUCCAAAUGACUACAGAUUCCGUGUUGGAGCUGAUCCCCACUGCAGAGAUCGUGUUUCUUGGCGAUUUUAACGCCCACCACGUCACCACGGUUAUUGCCUUACGCGAAUCCCACAUGUGAAAGAUCAUACACCUUCACUGUUGGACCUUCUGUUGACAUCAGGAUGGUACCUAGUUUCCGUUGAACCAACUUUGGGGUCGUCGAACCACUCCCCGGGGUUCUACACUCAUUCUCUGAAACGAAACUUCGUAAACGAACGAAACUUAAUAUUAAUUUCGAUAGUGACCCUACUCUGUUUUGUUUUCGGAUACUUUAACGAAGUUCAGAACCAUCGACAAUAUUCGUAAACGAAUGGUGAACGAUUAAAAUGAAUGUUAUUUGUACGCGACAAAUUUGAAGAGUACUAUUUCAUGCCCACGAUGUGUAGUAACUAUUGACAACCAAAAAUCUCUGUAAGCAAGUUAAAUUAGUAGUAUAAAUAACAUACACAGACGGGGUACACACUAUAAAAACUUUUUCUUUCUGUUUAGCAUGUAACCUACACACAAUCCAAUAAAUAGAUGCCCACGACGCUCGAGUAAUCCCUAUUUAGUCUCUAGAGCUCCCCUACCCUUAUAUAAAUCGACAUUACUUUGUCAAAUGCUUGUCAUUCUGUCAGGUGAUCUAUCAUAACUAUGAUAUGUGUUACUAUAUGCAUCCUAUAAUGUAAAUGGUCCUUACCUGUGCUAGACAACACUAUUUAUACGUUGUGAAAUGCAAAUGAUGUUUUUAUUCAAUAGAUACGUAACAUAUAAUCUAUUUACAAAUACUUUACUUGGAAAUUGUGAAACAGCCUCGAAAACUAAUAUAUUUACACUAAAUAUAAAUUAUAAAGAAUAUAUACUAUACUGAUACUCAUAAAAUAGAAUUACAGUCAUGGAAAACGCGACUAAUUGAUCCGAUGUUUCUCGCGCUUUCGAUCCCGAGGGCUUACCGAUAUAUUAUUAUGUGAUCACCAACACUUGUGGACGUGUCGGCUGUCACCACGUCCAACGAUCGUAUGGCGAUCGAUGCAUAUCAAGUAGAUACAGCGAUACUAAUGUAACAGGAUCUUAACAUUUUCUGUGACAGCUGAUCCGUGACAUGGCGCGAGUAACUGCAGCCACACGUCGAGACAUUUAAAAUUAAUUUAAUAAAUAAGUCGGUACGGGUGGUCACAAGCGCACUACAGAGAGCUACCCUGAACCGCGCCGCUGCUUACUUAGUAUUAAUAUGUGAGAGCUGCUGUAUCUGUUGUUGUGCCGCUGUGUGACCUGGGUGACCUCGUGACUGCAGACGCCGCCGACGACGUCGUGACGCCGGGCUCCGCGUCCGCCCGCCCCGCGUCGGCCCGCGACAGGUACACCUCCGACGGCUUAACACUAUUUGGAAUGUUAAAAACUAACUUUUAUUCGGGAGUGAUCCUCGUGUACGACACUAGUAUCACUUGUUCCGUGACUUACGGAGCGCCGGUACAAUUGUGCCAGCUGUGAACAAUUUACCAGAUCGGUCACGUUGUCUCUCAAUUCUAUGUUUAUUUUCCACUGCAUUUUAAUUGAUUAUAUUUGUUCUGUCGGCGUAAAUGUUUCUUAAGAUUUAAAUAUCUUAUUUUAUAUAAAUAUCUUGGCCAACUUUGUUUCAUAUAUACUCACUCGAGUAUAUUUCCAAUCGUGUCGUACUAUGUAAUGUACAGUACAGCACAAUGAGAUGUGAUGUCCAGCGACGGCGGGGCGGCCGUG